CAUUUUACCUAAAAGAAUAUUUGACUGGCCAGAAAAUUGAUUUUUUAGCAUUAAUAUUUACUUCCUUUUCAUUUUGUUACAAGCAAGAAAUUGGACUGGGUCCGGAUAGAACUUCGUGCAUCCUUUUGGGUACUGAAAUUCGUUUCUGGCGGCAAAGCGACCGAAUGAAAUACUGGGGAAUUUAGCGAAAAAAAUCGGAGAAAUGGCGAACAAGCUCAUAAGUCAAAUGGGUCUUCCCAAAUCAAUUGCCAACGUUUUUGCUGCUCGUAGUAUCAUCACCGCCAAGGAUGCAUUAUCAUUAACUGAAUUUGAGUUGAUGGAGUUGUUAGAUGUGGGAUUGGCUGAAGUAACAUUGGCACUGGCUCAUAUCAGUGAAAUUUCAAGUCCGCCAUAUCAAACUGCUUUGUCAUUGCUGGAGUAUCGCAUCCAAAAUGAGUACUUGGCUGGCCAUCUUCCCACACAGUUAAAAGGACUUGAUGCAGCCCUUUGUGGUGGAAUACCAUUUGGUGUUGUAACAGAAUUGGUUGGUCCUGCUGGGAUUGGCAAAACUCAGUUUUGCCUGAAGCUUGCAUUACUCGCUUCCUUGCCUUCUACAUACGGAGGCUUAGAUGGCUCUGUGAUAUAUAUUGAUGUGGAAUCCAAAUUUAGUUCAAAAAGAAUGAUAGAAAUGGGGUUUAAGAGUUUCCCAGAAAUACUUCACAUGGAAGGAAUGGCAAAAGAGAUGGCAGGUAGGAUCCUAGUUCUGCAGCCAGCAUCAUUAACUGAAUUCACUGAAAGCUUGCAGCAGCUCAAGGUUUCAAUCCUCCAACAUCCUGUAAAGCUUCUCAUAAUCGAUAGCAUGGCAGCUCUUAUUUCCGGUGAGAAUGGGCAGGGACCUCCUAGACAGCAUGCUUUAGGGUGGCACAUCUCAUUUAUCAAAUCACUUGCAGAAUUUUCUCGAAUUCCUGUGGUAGUGACUAACCAAGUACGAUCUCAAGGCCGUGAUGAAGCUUCCAGAUAUUCAUUCCAAGUUCAGAACAGAACUAAAUUUCCAGAAGAUCUGUCGAGCUUUGAUUCACAUCUUGUUGCUGCUCUGGGGAUUCAGUGGGCUCAUGCUGUUUCGAUUCGUCUUGUGCUCGAAUCUAGAUCGGGACAGAGGUUUAUAAAGAUAUCAAAAUCUUCAAUAUCUCCACCUAUGGCAUUCCUUUUCAACAUAACUGCAUCUGGUAUUUUCUUGCUUGAUGAUGACGGAGUGGAAAUGAUGGGGCCGGAAAUAAAUGCAAUACACUGUCAAGGUCAUAGUGGCACAGUUAAUUUCGAUACCUAGAUAACAUGGUGAGGGACCUGGGCUGAAAGCUGGAUAGUUUAAGGCAUGUACCAUGAUCUUUUCUUUUCUUUCAGUUGUAGAUUUUUUAUUAUAAAAUUUUUCACCUUAUAUCUACAAUCAUGUUUUUCUUAUUUCUUAUUUCUUAUUUCUACAUGGAGUGUUCUUUCUUUGAGGUUGGAUUUUAUUACUUGUAUAUCCAUUCACUCUUAACAACUUCAGGGUUAGAAUGAUCGAUCAUUGAACUUGUCGAA